AUGUCAAGAGCUAGAACCAACGUCGAUCUCCUGACGGAGGGUGCGGCAUACAUUCAACGAGCCAAAAAAGCAAGGAAGGAACAAGUUGAAGAAAUCAAAUUUGACGAUGAAGCGAGGAGGGAAUGGUUGACAGGGUUCUCGAAACGUAAGAAGGCCAAAUCAGAUGACAAGAAAGCUAGGGCUAAGGAAAGAGAUCAUCUUGCCCAUUUACAAGAGCGAAGAGAGGCAAGAGCAGAGUUGAGGAAGAAAGCAGCAGAUAAUGUCAAGACUGUACGUCGAGCGAUGGGAUUAGAAGAUGGAUCAGAUAACGACGACGACGAUGAAGACGAUGAAGAUAAUCAAGCUGGACCAUCCAAAUCCGGAAUUCACGAUAUCGAAGAAGCUGAAUAUUCAGAUGAAGAUCAAUUAGCUACUGUAACUAUAACAGAGGAUUUUGAUCCCUCUUCCAUAACUCAAAGAGUUUAUACAAAAUCAUCUACAUCACCUGAACCCACCUCAAAGCCCUUUACAGGACCACAAAUUAAGAAACCAUCGGUGAAGCUGUUACCUCCAAGUAGUGCGAAAAUGCAAAAAGCAAGAGAGAAGAAGAAGCUCGAAAAGAAGAAGUCAACAUCUAUGGAGACUGCUUCCGAGAGAAGAAAAGGUAGAGAGCUGGAAGCUAGACGACGGACUAAAAAAGCUUCGUUGGCAAGAGAACGAGACGGGGACAGUAGUUCGAGAGGGAGAGGUGGAAGAGGCGGAAGAGGUGGACGAGGUGGGAAAAGAGGUGGAAGCAGUAGAGGCAGAAGGUAA